AUGAAUAUUUCCGCGUCCACAAUACAGCCUCACAGGCGGUUGAAGAAAGUUGAAGAAGAUGAAAAUGCUGCGACGUUACAACUGGGUAGAGAAUUCCAAUUGACUCAGAUCAAUCACCAUGGAGAGGAAGAAGAUCUUAUUGCUUUGAAUUUGAGUGAAGCUAGACUAAUUAUUAAAGAAGCGCUGAUAGGGCGUAGACAAUCGUAUAGAAAGAACUUAAAGAUGAACAAGAAGAAGAAGACUCAAAGGAAUAACGAUGACGACAGUACAGCAGUUGAAGAUGAUGACAAAGAUGAAGAUGAUGAUGAUGAUGAAGCUUUGAUGCAUACUGAGACAAGAGAAAAGGAGUUGGAGUCAAUAGAUGCAUUGCUUGAGCAAACCACUGGUGGUAAUAACAAGGAUCUAAAAAACUCUAUGGAGUACUUGACUAACUUUUCCAGAUUUAGAGAUCAGGAGACGGUUGCAGCUGUGUUGCAAUUGCUGAAAAGUACAGGGUUACAUCCAUUUGAAGUAGCUCAAUUAGGAACGUUGGCAUGUGAUACCGCUGACGAAGCUAAAACAUUAAUUCCAAGUUUAACCAAUAAGAUAUCAGAUGAUGAUUUGGAAAGAAUACUAAAAGAGCUUUCAAAUCUGGAAACUUUGUAUUAG